CUAAAUUUCAUGGUAAGCAUUUUUUGAAGACGACAUUUCUCAUUUCUGACUUGGAAGUCGAUUGACCAACCAAGUGUUUUCAAACUGGAUACCGAAGUUUAAUCAUCUUCUAGGCCGGAUUUUUGGAUUACAGUAUAUGCUACUGUAAAGACUUGGAACGAAUUAGGACUUUUCUUAUUCAGCAGUUAUGCAAGCAGCAGUGAUGGAGGAUUCAGCAGUUAAUAAUAACAAUAUGUCGGCCAUUGAUGCCGCAGGACCAGCUUAUAGUUACGAUGCCCUAUUUCCAGCAUUACCAGAAAGUUUUCCAUCUUUUAUGUCAAACAGUGCUUCCACCAACAUCAUUCGAGUUGAGAGUUCGGUUGUCACUCAGGUUUUUUGUAUCCCAUACGAAGAGCGUAAAAUCGAUUCGGAAAAAUUUGGUGAAGGAGAAUCAAUGAGAACCUGUCAAUCGAUUAUGAAGGAAACUGGUGCCCACAUUGAGAUAUCUAGUGGCAAAGACAAAUCAUUAACAUUUCUUGUGACUGGCCGAACCAGCGAAGUACUUGAUGCACGCCGAAAAAUUUUAAUUCAUUAUCAAACGCAAGCCAGCAAGCAGAUUCAUAUUCCGAAGGAACAUCAUCGAUGGGUGUUGGGCAAGAAGGGUGAACGUCUACGUGAAAUCGAAAAGAACACGGCCACCAAGAUCAAUGUGCCGAAUAUAGCAGAAGAGAGUGACAUCAUUACCAUUUCGGGCAGCAAAGAGGGCAUCGAGAAGGCCGAGCAUGAGAUUCGCACCACCUCUGACGAACAGUCCAAAAAGGCUUUUGAACGUGUCCACGUACCGAAAAUCUACCAUCCAUUUGUGUUGGGACCAUUCAGUGAACAAGUUACACGUUUAUCCGACGAAACUGGCGCCCGUAUCAAUGUUCCACCAGCGUCAGUGAUGAAAGAUGAAAUCACCAUAACCGGUGAAAAGGAGGGUGUGAUCAGAGCAAAGAACUUUAUCGAAAGUGUAUAUCACGAUAUGGAGAAGAAGUGCAGCACCGUCAGCGUUGAGGUGCCCAAAGCUCAACAUCGCUACGUAAUUGGGGCUCGUGGUUCAACCAUUCAAGAAAUUCUCCAAUUAACCGGUGUUGCCGUCGAAAUGCCAGCGUCUGAUAGCGCCAACUACGAUACCAUCACGUUGCGUGGACCGCAAGAAAAAUUGGGCAAUGCGUUAAGCAUGGUGUACGAAAAAGCAAAUUCUGUCUGUUCCGUGCAAAUCGACGCUCCCGCAUGGAUACACAAGUAUAUAAUCGGACGUAAAGGUGUGAACAUCAACAAGUUAAGCACCGAAUAUCCGAACAUCCAUGUCGAAUUCAUCGAAAGUAAAAUCAAAAUCGAAGGUCCACCGGAACAAGUGGAAAAGGCACGCGAGCAAUUGGACGGAAUUGUGAAGGAUUACGUUCAGCGAUUGGCCUUCAUUGACAUGACAGUGAAUCCGAUUCAUUACAAGCAUAUUAUCGGUAAGGCUGGCGCCAACAUCAACCGUUUGAAGGAGGAACUCGACGUAAUGAUCAACAUUGAAGAGAAAGACGCACUAAAUCGUAUCCGCAUUGAAGGACCAAUUGAAGGUGUACGUAAGGCCGCCGAAGAAUUGAAGGAACAGAUUGACAAAUUGGAAAAUGAAAAGGAAAAGGACGUGAUCAUCGACCAUCGUUUCUUCAGUAUUUUGAUUGGUGCUAAGGGCGACAACAUUCGUGAAUUCCGCGAUAAGUACAGCAAAGUGCAGAUCAUGUUCCCGAAUUCGAACGAAAAGAGUGACAUCGUAAAGUUGCGUGGCCCGAAGGACGAGGUGGACAAGUGUCAUAAGCAAUUGCAGAAGAUGGUCAAGGAAAUUCAAGAGACAUCUUUCAUUCAAGAAGUGCCAAUAUUUAAACAAUUCCACAAGUACAUCAUUGGAAAGGAGGGUGCAAAUAUUAAGAAAAUCCGCGACGAAACUCAAACCAAAAUUGAUUUGCCUUCCGAAGGGGACAAAAAUGAAGUGAUUGUCAUUUCCGGUAAAAAGGAGAAUGUGUUCGAGGCGCGUGACCGCAUCCUAAAAAUUCAAAGCGAAUUGGCCGACGUUGUCAGCGAAGAGAUAACAAUUCCACCGAAAUACUACAACUCCAUCAUUGGUGCUGGUGGCAAAUUGAUUUCUGCAAUUAUGGAAGAAUGCGGCGGUGUGUCGAUUAAGUUCCCCAGUCCCGAAUCGAAAAGUGACAAAGUUACAAUACGCGGACCGAAAGAAGAUGUUGAGAAAGCCAAAGUUCAGCUGCUCGAAUUGAGCAACGAACGUCAAUUGUCAUCAUUUUCGGCUGAAGUACGUGCCAAAAACGAUCAUCACAAAUUCCUUAUCGGCAAAAAUGGUGCAUCGAUCAAGAAAAUCCGUGACACAACUGGAGCACGAAUCAUUUUCCCUACCAGUCACGAUGAGGAUCGCGAGGCCAUCACUAUCAUUGGCAAAGAAGAGAACGUUUUGGCUGCCAAGGCACAACUGGAACUAAUCAUCAAGAGCAUUGAUAACAUAACCGAAGGUGAAAUUGCUGUUGAUCCAAAGCACCACAAACAUUUCGUCGCAAAGCGUGGCGAAGUUUUGCAUCGUAUCACUGAAGAUUAUGGCGGUGUUAUGAUUUCGUUCCCACGGCCUGGUGUUGACAGCGAUCGUGUUACACUGAAAGGAUCCAAGGAAUGCAUUGAAUUGGCAAAACAACGAAUUUUGGAGAUCGUCGCUGAUUUGGACUCCCAAGUUACUAUUGAUUGCAUCAUUGCGCAGACACAUCACCGUUCAGUGAUGGGUGCACGAGGUGUCAAGGUUCAAGGAGUUACAUCCCAGUAUGAUGUUCAAAUCAAAUUCCCCGAUCGCGUUGCUACCGAUGAGGUGCCAGACAUGAAUGGUAGUGAUAAUGGUGACGGCGGUGCCGUACGAUACUGCGACAUAAUUCGAAUCACUGGAUCGAAAGAGAAAUGUGAGGCUGCUCGCCAAGCAUUGUUGGACUUGAUACCAGUUACAGUUGAAAUCAACGUUCCAUUCGAUUUGCAUCGCUCGAUUAUCGGUCAAAAGGGACGUGACGUCCGUGAGCUCAUGAGUCGUUUCGAUGUACAUUUGGAAUUGUCACCGCCCGAAGAUCGUUUGGACAUUAUUAAAAUAACUGGAACUCCGGCCAACAUUGAAGGUGCCAAAAAAGCCAUCGAAGAGCGUGUCGCUGAAUUGGAGGUGGAUCGUAAGGAUCGCGAAUUACGUUCUUUCGAGUUGAAAAUCGAAGUUGAUCCCGAAUUUCAUCCAAAAAUUAUUGGUCGCCGUGGUGCAGUUAUAAACAAAAUCCGUACCGACCACAAUGUACAGAUUUCGUUCCCACGACGUGAAGACGAAAUUGACAACGUUAUCACAAUUCAAGGCUACGAAACUGCAACCCAUGCCGCUAAAGAGGACAUUUUGAAAAUCGUCAACGAACUUAGCGAAAUGGUCAAGGAAGUCAUUGAAUUGGACAAUCGCAUCCAUUCACGCAUAAUCGGUCAACGUGGACGAAACAUUCGUAAAAUCAUGGACGAUUACAAGGUGGAAAUCAAAUUUCCCCGAGACAACGAACGUGACGAGAAUCCAAAUGCUGUUACAAUCAUUGGAUCCGAAGAGGCUGUCAGCGAUGUCAAGGAUCACCUGUUGAAUUUGGAGGAAGAAUUCUUGCAAGACGUCAUCGAUAUGCCGGCUCCACGCGAAAUAACGAAUGAUUUCAGUGCCGUUCUGGAAACUGCCAUGAACCACAAGACCAAGAAGGAGGGCUUUGUCGUGCAGGGAGCACCGUGGGAAAAGAAAAACAAAAAAGCCCCGAACACAGCAUCGCAUGAAGACUUUCCCGAUUUUGGACUGGGUGCUGCGCCACGCGACACACCAAUUUCAUCCGCAUGGGGACAACGUCGUUAAAUCUCACCAUGAUUAUGUUGUUGUUGUUUUUUGUUGGUUUUAUUUUUUUUUUUAAAUUGAAACAAGAAAAUAAUUCAAAAUCCAAUUCGACCCGGGAGAGAUUUAAACAAACAAUUCUUUUUUUUAGUAAUUUUUUUCCUUUCUUUUUAUUAUUAUUUUUUUUUUGGUUUUUCUUUGUUUCUUUUUUUUGCGGUUCUUAUUUGUACAAGAUUAUCUUAUUAAAAUUUAGUAAUUAUUGAAAUAUUAAAAUAACAAAAAAUGCAACGUUUUACUGGACUACGCGCUUGGCACAUGAUUUUAUAUUAAAAAAAUGAAAACAAAUUAAAGAAGAAGAAAAAA